AUGCAUUCAUCUUCAUCUGUAUCAAAUUCGUCUCUCUCGGAAAUACUCGACCGAUUCGAGAGACUGACGAAAUCAGCCGGGGAAAACGAACGCGCUUUGCGAUUGGGAACCAGAGCCUUGUGCAUGGAAUGUAUCGUCGAGAGUAAGAAGAUAAAGAAGGAGAACGAGAACGAGGAGGGUACGAGAAUACGAUCGAGAGAUGAGAAAUCGCUCCUGAGAAGGUGUUUUUUACACGAGAGCAGAGUCGUGGUGGACGAAAUAUCUCGACGCGUGUGUGAUUUGGUCGAGCACAAUGUCGUCGAUAAAGAAGUCGUUACGAGCGAGUUACUCGCGGCUUUAGAAGCGACGACGGAUGGGACGAAAGGGAGGUUUUUAGUGAGAGGGAUAUACGAUAUUUGCGUUUCGAACAACAACAUCAAUGGGAGUGGUACUUUUGCCACCGCAAAAGGAGGGGAAGAUGGUUAUGAUGAUAGCACUUACAUGCCUCUGUAUCGAGCGAUGAAAUCCGGCGGGGCGCACGUAUGCAGCACGUUCUUGUAUUACGCGACUUUGAAAGAAAAGGACAUCGAACGGUUCCAGAGGCUAUUUUAUCGAACGAUUUUGGAGUGGAAUGUGAGUGGAGCGAUGGUAUCGACGUCUUCGUCAUUACUUCCGGGAUUAGCGCGAGUUGCGCUCGUCAGGGACGGGUCUUUUGCCGCGCUGGAGAUAUUGACAAAGUGUUUGCCAUGGUAUAAAUGUUCGAGCGCGGAGGAUGUCUCGUGGGUGAGCGAAGCCAUCGCGGAUAUUGCAGAUUGGUGCGAAAUGAAAGUAAAUGAUAAUAAUAAGAAGACAGAGGAAGAGGAUAGAAUAAACGCGAUCGUUGUGAGAGCUGAGUUGGGUGCAAUGGCGCAACUGUGCGAUGCCGUGAAGAAAGGCGAAGACGUUGUGAGUCUUUCUUUCCACACGCACCGAAUACUACGCAUAUCGCGUCGCGAUAGUAAAACAAACGCACUCGCCGCGUGUGAUUUGAUCUCAAAUUGUGUUGGGAAACUUUCGAUUGAGGACCAAUCUUCUUUGUUUUCGUUGACUCAAACGUGCGUUCGUUCAUACCCGGAUGUCCUUCGGAUGCACUUGCUCGAACUUUCGGCGACGCUCUCAGAAAAUCACCUAGGCGAGAGCGAGACGGCGUAUAUCGCAGCAGAACAAGGUUCUUUUUCUUCUUUUGCUUCAGAUAUCUCUGAAAUGUAUAAUAUUUAUCCAUUGACUGAAUGCUCUGUCUUGCACGACCUUUGUCAGGCGAUAGAAUCAAACCAAACGAUGGCUUUGGAAACAAAAGAGAGUAUCUUCGAGCAUGCGUUGCGGAGAAACGAAGAGAACGACGCCUUGUUCACACUCGCGUGCAUGUUUUCACCGAUAUCGCUUCGCGUGCGAAAUGCGGCUUUAGAUUCAGUUAGAACACGGUUUAGGAAGAGUCCUGAGCUUGCAAUUUCAGGACUUCCAAUCGUUUCUCUGGCGUUGGCUAGUAUUGAAAAGAAUUUUUUAGUCUCUCCCCCGCCUGCGCAGGAUGUAGCGCUCGCGACUUUGAGAGGAUUGAAAGCUGCGGCGUCUUCGGCGUCCCAUCCUCUGAGUGCAAACGCAGCUUUACGAACACUACUUCCUAUUGUUGAACACAUAGAUAACGAGGAGGACGAGGAACGUUCGUUGGCAUUAGAUCUAGUUUUAUUAGCGGAAGCGUGGAUUUCUGCGCCUUCCAGUGGGAGUCAGCUUUCGUUUCGCUUCCAACAAGCUAUCGAGCGCGCAAUAGCGAGUCAUAUCUUCGAAGAAACGUUAGCUGGGGCAAAUGCUAUGUUGGAAGUUUCAAAAGCAGAUCCUUUUAGAGCGGCAGAAACGUUUGCAAACGCCAUACAGACGUGUAUUGAGCAGAAGAGACCUUCGUGUUGUCGAGCGAUUGGAUUGGAAACAAUCGAAGUGUUGUUUCAAGCCGAAGCUUUGGAUUUUUAUCCUGCGUUUAAAAUAGUAACGAAAGAGAUGCCAACGCGGCCAAAAGAUUCGAAUUUAGUCGCCAAACGGUGGUUACGACUUUUAAAAUACGGAGUCGAGGAUGCUGAUGUCGUACCAGAGGCCGGUUCUCUUGUCGUCAAUGCUCUCAUAGAUUGUGCGCUCGAUGAAUCGAAAACAACAGACGAUUCACUCAGAAUUGAAGCAUGGAAUUCCUUGAAUGAAUUCAACAUCAAACAAUUAAAGAAUUUGCUUAAUAUUUACGAUGGAGAAGACGAUAACGAAAGCGAGGAAAGUAAAACGAGUUUCCUCGCUUUCACACGUCUCGUCAACACAUUCAUAGAGGAAGAAAAUGAGGAUGUUGUGAGAGCGGCUUCAAAGGUGAUUGCGCGGAUUGUUGAAUUGGAAUCUGAAUCCGUGAGUAGACGUGCUCGCGCGUCCCAGAAAAAGCGAAUAUCUCUCAUCGGAGGCAGCUCCAUAAAUCAAGAUGAAGAGAAAGUUUUGAUGGAAAUUUCCGAUCCGUUCUUGUAUAGGCUCGCUAUUGGAACGGCGAAACGGCUGCGAAAAAACACGAAAUCGAAAGACGAUGAGCUCAUUUCGCCUUUGCUUUUACUUUUACUCUUCGAUGGCGAUUCGUACGAAAUGCAAUUCUGUGAAUUCGUGAGGAGAAAUAAAUUUUCGCACGCGUGGUGGAACGAAUACGUUAUUGAAAAUACGAUGAUGCAGUUUUUGGAGCGGUGGAUGGUUUCAUGGAGCAACGCAGCUGCAGAUGACUCGAAAAGUAAAGGAGAACGUAUUCUCGACGCUGGAUUUUUCUCGCGCAUUACAGGUGAGCGGCUACAAUCGCCAGAUGCCAUACAAACGACCCGCGUUGCUACCAAAAUUGUAGAUGGGUUCAAAAGCGAUGCCGUGAGUACGCGCGCGAGAGAAGAAAUCGGCAUCUUAGUUUCUAAAUGUUUGCGCCUAGGGUGCUCAAAGCUUAUUUUCCGAAGCGUUACUCGCGACGAAGAAGACAGCAGCGCAGGCACAUUUUUUAAUGAUUUCAACGAGCAACAUCCCGAAUAUAUCUUUGUUCGAUUAGCAAGUUUUGUUGAAGCGGUGGGAGACUAUGAACUCGCAUUGAAACUAUUUGCGAAUUCAAUCGAGUACUUGGAAGAGAAUGAUGGUAAGGAAGAUGAAUCGUCAUGGCGUCGCGCUCUUCUUUGCGCGCUUCCAAUUCUUGCGAGAGUCGUGAAGGAAGGAGAAGGUGAUAACAAUGCUCUCAUAAGUCGAGCUAUAAAAGAAACUUUAAGCACAUUUUUAGUCGAAGAGCAGGCAUUCAGCUUAAUGUCUUUAGGCGCCCUCGCGAGUCUUGCAUUGGAGAGAGGCAUUCCCGUGGAAAACGCGCUUUGCGAGAAGAUUGUCACCGUCCUGAUUGUCACCGCGACGGAUGCGCAUCGCAAAUGUAGCUCUGAAGAUAGAUGCUCUGCUGUACUUGGCGCGAGUGCGUUACUCGGUGGCUCGAGUUUGUCGUGGUGUUGGCUACCGUCUCCACCAAAGCAGAGUACUGUUCAUAAAAUGCCCUCUUCUUCUCUCGUUGACGAUGCAAACUUCUUCGUUCGCCCGUUACUUUUCGGGAGAGGCCAGGAUUUGGCCAAGAAACUUCUCAAGACUUUGGAAAGCAUAUCAUCUUCUUCCGCCGGCGGCGGCGGUAAGAAUUGUCGAGUUGGCGACAUCGCAUCUUUGGCGUUGGGAUUCUCUUCGAUUUCGGCGCGAACACUCAUACUAUCUGCAGGAGAUGUCUCGAAACAACAUAAGAGUGCUGGCGUGGACGCCACCAACAAUUUCGGCGCGUGUUCCUUGAGACUUCUCGAUUCACUCUUUGCCAUAGACGCAGAGUUUCGUAAGAAGUCAAACGCACUCGAAGCUCUCGCAGCGCUCGGAAAUAUUAUUCCAUUACCAAACGGUGAUGGUCCGUACCAAUCUCUGUUGCGCCGGUAUUACGGAGAGAAAGAGUUGGUAGCCUCCGUCGUGUGCUUCGCCUCGUCUCGGCCUGCGAAACACAUCGGAGGCGAGAUUGUAAACCGCACUAUUGCAGAUUAUGAAUGCGCUCAUAAUAGCAUCAUCAAUAACGUGAAUGUGCUUAAUGCCGUUCGAGCGGCAGCAAAGAGUGAAGAUGUAGAUCUUCUCCGCGCCGCGCUCGCGCUUCACGAUCAAAAAUGCGAGAAUGACUCCGACGCUACGCAUGUAUUGAAACAUAUGUGGCUCGGUUCUCUUGAAAUCAACGCGGCGACAAGUUUUGCAGAAACUCUUCUGAUUGAGCUUCUGAGACGCACAAGUCUUAAAAGUGACUCUUUGAAACACGCGACGGAAGGAUUGUAUCAGAUUGCGGCCAAUAUGGCAAAACACGUCGAAAAAGACUCGAUGGUGAGAUUCUCGACGACGCUUCGCGAAGGGUGCGAAGACGACGUCUUACCUGUCUUGGCAUCUAGGCUCGUCUUACUCGGCGUAGAAAUAGUACGUUUGGACGAUCUCGUUUUACCACUCGCACGUUGGAAUACAAAACGAUUGCGUCGAGAUGAACUUUUACACUUUGCGCUCGACGUUCGCGAAGUGGAAGGCUUCUUUGAGAAGCAAAAAUUGGGCGCCAGACGCAUCAAGAGGAUUUCCGAAUUUAAGAAGAGGUUGAUUGAUGACGCGUGUCACUUGAUCAAAAGAAUCAGUGAGGAUGCGAGCACAAGUGGAGAAUUCGAGGCGUGCUCUUGCUUAAUGCUUCUUUGUUUGCGCUUCGGUCGUAAGACGAACAGAGGGUUCAUCUAUGCACAAAUCGUUUCUUCUUCAUCGUGGGACUUCCGGAAGAGAUUUUUCCCUUUCGCCCUCUGCUCUGCGCUUCAAGAAGAAGAGGAUGUGAAGAAGAAGGAGAAGAGUGCAGGCGAAAUCUUCUUGUUUAACGCGAAAACAAUCGUCGAUUCUCUCGUCGUUCCAAGCGCGAGUGGUGAAAAUUCAACGUGCGCUCGAGCUUUGCGAGAAAUUAUGGGUAAGUUCGAUGUGAAAAUCUCUCUCACAUCGUACGAAUCGAUUGCACGGCGCAACUUCCAUGUUAAAAAGUAG